AUGCACCUACAACUAUUUGGCAGGCCCUGUUCUGUGAUGACAAGCAAUUGCAGAUGCAAAAGUUCUACAAAGAACAUUAUGGCCCUGUAUGGGAAACUGCAAGAAGGAGAGAACAAGAAUGGAAAGCAAUACAUUCAGCGAGAACAGCGAACGGUAAUGCGAACAAUAAUCAUAAAUAACAAUAACUCUAAGCAAUACGUUUUUACCAUUUGA